UUGCAAACAAUUAAUUUCACCCUUUUCCUCCCCCCCCUUCGUCUUUUGUCUGUUCUCCUCCUUACACAAUCCACCCUCGCGCCGUGUCCUCCGUCCAACUGAGAGUCUGAACGCUCUCUACCACAUUCAUUUGGAACCGCGAACCACGCUCGUUACGUCCGUUACGAACUAGAAGCACCAGACAAUCUCUCCGUCAAAAGACACGCCGUUGAGACCACACCCUCCGAGCCGCAAGGAACCGAACACAUCGCGACCGGUAAGUAGGGAUGCGGAUACAUACAUACACACAGACACCUCUCUAUAACCACCGCAAGUCGCUUGGGCACCGGCAUUGGCGAAACGUACACCGCCUUGUGCUGAAUGCCCUCUGCUUCAUGGUGCAUAUACACAGAUGCACACACGGGUAUACACACUAUGUGUAUAUAUAUAAUAGCGGGAGCAGUGUUUCGCGAUGGCCUCGCUCUUUACACCUCGGCCUCCCGUUCCUCGAGAUGCGGGGACUCUCACGUUAACCGUGAGCUCUCUCCAGCUUCGACCAAUUGGGCUAAUAGGAUGCUUUCCUGCAGAACUGCGAUCUUGGAUCACCACCGCCAAUUCUAAUCUCGCCAAGCCUGAGCGACUGUCGAUCAAAAGAGUGGCCUCCGCCUCCCAAUCGAUAUGAGAUCUUCAAUUGUGAAUGUUGCCAUUGCGGCGUCUUUUGCUGCCGGCGCCGCCGCCCAGCCUCAUCACCACAUCCACCAUCACCACAAGAAGAACGACAGGUCGCCGGUCGAGAAGCGCGAUGUCGAGACCACCUAUGUUCCCGCUACCGUCACCCAGUACGUGCUAGGCGAUGAGCCGGUGUCCCCGGAGGAGGCCAAGGCUGGCUUGGAGAAGGGUCUUUUCAUCGUCGUCGGCGAGACCACGCCCACUUUCACCCCACCUCCUCCCCCCGCCGUCACCAGCACCUCGUCCAAGGCCGAUGCUGUCUUCAUCCAGAAGGUCACAACCUCUUCCUCGGUCCCGCCGACCACGUCAUCGUCUGCCGCCCCCGUUCCGACUUCGUCGAGCACCGACUACAGCACCGGUGCCACCGGCAUCGACGCUGAUUUCCCCAGCGGUAAGAUUAAGUGCAGCACCUUCCCCUCCGAUUACGGUGCGGUCGCGCUCCCUUGGCUCGGCCUCGGCGGCUGGAGCGGCCUCCAGUUCACCCCCGACUAUAAGCUGGGCGACCUGGCGAUCAGCUUUAUCGAGACCGGUGUGGCCGGAAUGGCGCAGAAGAGCGGCUUUUACUCGUACGCCUGCCCCGAGGGCUAUGUGAAGACUCAGUGGCCCGCGGCUCAGGGGGCCACCCUCCAGUCCGUCGGUGGUCUGCUCUGCAAUGCCGAUGGUUACCUCGAACUCAGCCGGCCGUCGUACAAGAAGCUAUGCGAGCCUGGCGUCAGCGGCAUCACCAUCCAGAACGACAUGAAGAAGAACGUCGCCAUCUGCCGAACUGAUUACCCCGGUAGCGAGUCCAUGGUGAUCCCGGUUGACGCCCAGCCCGGCUCGACCCGUGCCUUGGCCAAUGUCCAGUCUGCCCAAUACUACAAGUGGGACGGCAAGGACACGACUCUGCAGUAUUAUGUUAACCAGCCCGGCGUGUCGGUCGAGGACGGUUGCGUGUGGGACUGCGACCAGGACCACGACGAGUGCGGCAACUGGGCCCCUACCAUCAUCGGUGUCGGCGAAGCCGCAGACGGCAACACGUACAUCUCCAUCUUCCCGAACAAGCCCACGAGUGUCGCGAAGCCCCGCAUGAAUAUCGAGAUUCUCGGCGACGUCAGCAUCCCCUGCUACUUCAAGAACGGCGAGUACGCCAUCGGCGAGAAUGGAUGCACCACUACCAUCCCCAAGGGUGGCAAGGCCGUGGUUAAGUUCAGCGAUGCCUAG